UCGAAAAGUUCUAGCAUAUCGUACAAUUAGUAAUAAUAGUUUUGAGUGCGUUUAUCGAGUAAAGUUGCAAGUAUGGAAGUGUUAAAAGAAAUAACUAAUUUUCUAACCGAAAGUACGCGAUUAGAUCUAAAAGCUGUUGCAUUACAAAAUGUACUAAAUAUCACAGGCAGUAAGGAGGGUCGUGAGCUCUUAUUUGGUUCUUUAGAUAUAUUAAAACAACUUGUCAUACUUAUGCAAGAUGAUUCAAUGGCAAUAGCAAAAGACGCAGCGUUGUCAGCUAUAAACAUAAGUGCGGAUGAAGCUGGAGCUAAUGCCUUCUUAACAAUCUCUGAAUCUAUGCGACAAGAAAAGGAACAAAAAUAUAGUUUUAAUUUAGUACAAGUUUGUAUUAGUCGUAUAAUGGAUAAAAAUAGUAUAUUAGCAGACCCAUGUUGUAUGAUACUUUCCAAUAUGACAAGACCUAGAUAUUUAGUAGACAGAGUCAUAACACUUAUUGAAGAAAGUUGUUGUACAUGGGACUCUAUUAUAACAGCAUUUACUGCAAAGAAAUAUAAUGUUACAGGAGCUAAUUUGCAUUAUUUAGGGCCUGUAUUUAGUAAUCUUACUCAAUCUCCUUCUGUAAGAAGAUAUAUAAUGGAUAGGACUUGCAAUGUUAUCCAGCGUCUCCUUCCUUUCACAGAGUAUACAGAUAGCAUAGUAAGGAGAGGUGGUAUUAUUGGAACUUUAAAAAAUUGUUGCUUCGAUGUAGAGCAUCACGAGUGGUUGUUAAGCGAGGAUGUAGAUAUUUUGUCGUAUUUAUUAUUACCUCUUGCUGGACCAGAAGAAUUUGAUGAUAAAGAAAAUGAGAAGUUACCACUUGAUCUGCAAUACUUACCAGAAACGAAGGAACGAGAAUCAGAUCCGGAUAUUAGGAUAAUGUUGUUAGAAGCUUUAGAGCAAUUGUGUGCUACAAAAAAAGGUAGAGAAAUUUUAAGAGACAAAAAUACUUACAUUAUCUUAAGAGAACUGCACAAAUCAGAGAAAUGCAAGGAAGUCCUUCUUGCCUGUGAAAAUGUUGUUGACAUUUUAAUUAGAACUGAAGAAGAAAUAGGUUUGGAUAAUAUAAAAGAGAUAGAUGUUCCAACGGAAUACAAGGACAAAUUUCAAAAAAUGGAUGAAGAAUUUAUCAAAGAUACUUAAGAAAUACUAAUAUUACAAGAUGUCUGACAUCUUGUUAAAUAUUUUUUUAUAAAUAUAGCACAAGUUAUAUGUAUAUUGCGUGUUUGUAUAUAUAUAUGCGAUAUAUAUGUAUGUAUGUAUAUAUAUGUACAUGUACGCGCACACAUACAUAUAUAACUUCUGCUUGACAAUGAAAUAAUGCGGUAAUAUAUUUAAAAAAUGUA